GUCACUCCGACAUCGCACAGUUUAAGGUUAUGAAUAUCGAAAAUAUUUUUUUAUAUUAAGUACUAUAAAAUAAGAAUGUCGUUAAUAUCAUUCGCUAGUACAAUUUUGAAACGAAGCAUUACUUUCCGCUCAUUUCCUAGAUCUAGCAAUUUAAGUCAUACAACGCGGAAUUCGUCUUAUAGUUCAGUAACGACGAAAACAAUUCAUGAUGUAAAUACCAAUGUUGCAAGGGACGUUAUAUUAUUUAAAUAUGAGAAUCCGAAGUUUUUUAAAUAUAUGAAUGUGUUUGCUAUCGUCCAGUAUAUGUUUUGGACGUACCUUGGUGUGUUUGCGUUUAAAUCUUUAAGGGAUGCACCGGUGGACAAGUCUACGAUCACAGAUGAAACUCCCUGGUUUAGAAGAAUAAACCUUGGUGAAAAUAAGUACAGAAAUACUUUAGGAGCCGUCGCCUUAAUUAUUGGUACUGGAUCUUUAGCAAUGGUGUGGAUGUAUACUUUGAAAUCUGUCAGAUAUUUAAUACUAAACAAGGGUGGGCAGCAUUUAACAUUUGUGACAUAUGGUCCAUUUGGUAAGAAUCGUAUGAUGAAAGUUCCUGUUGAGAAUGUCUGCUGCAAAGAGAACAGGACAAUGGCAAAAGUUCAACUUCCGAUUAAAGUGAAGAGCACAAUGAUGCAUUACAUGUUGGAUAUGAGGGGAGAGUUUAAAAACCCUCUUUUGUUUGAUAGCACUGCAGGAUUGUCUAGAAAGUGGUGAUGAAAUAAAUAUAAGUAUACUUCUAUUAGAAAUACUAUUAAAUAUUAAAACUUGUAAAAUGUGAAAUAUAG